AUGGCCGAAGCUGUAGCAAGCACUUCAGCCCCCGGUGCAGCUAGCGGAACGCACCGGAUUGCACCCCUUCGGGGAACUGAGAAUUAUAAUAUGUGGCGCAUACAGAUGGAAGACAUAUUAUCAGAUCUUGAUCUAUAUGGCUACGUAAACAAGACAAUUAUUGCACCUAGCAAGACUGUACUGAAAACCGAAAGAAACCGGAAAGAUGACGAGGGCAAACCAUUGCCCGACUAUGAAUAUACAGCAACUAACGACGAGUACACGAAAUGGGUUAAAGCCGACCGAAAAGCAUUAUCUAAUAUAAGAUUAAGAGUCAACGGAAGUGUACUAAACCUAAUACAAGGAUGCACAACGUCUGCCGACGCUUGGAACGCCCUCGCAACGACUUACCAAGUCAAGGGAACGGUCGGACUCAUUGACCUACGAAGAAAGUUUUUCAGUCACCAAAUGACUGAUGGCGAAGACAUCGAGGAACACAUCCAACGCAUGCGCGGAUGUCCCGGCUCAUGCACUGAAGCCGACUGGAUCACAACAUUGAUUGCGAGCUUACCUGACUCAUGGGAUUCAUUCUCCCAAUCAGUAAGUUUCCAAUUCAAUUUACAAGAUAACAGCGUGUUAUCAAACCAAGUAAAUGACAUUAGAUUGCGCAUAACAGCCAAAGCACAUAGAAAGAAUGCCCGAAACCCAGAAGGGAAAGCAUUCUUUAGUACAAACAAAGCGAGCUUCAAUAAACCUAUACGUACCGGCAGUAAGGGACCAGAUAAGUCCAAGUCUAAAUGCAACAACUGCGGUAAGAUAGGACACUGGGCAGCCGAAUGUAGGGGCCCAGGUGGAGGUGCAUACAAACCCGGUCAGAACAAUGGCAAAGGAACAAAUAGAAAGUUCAAUGCACCAAACAAAGCCCGAAACGGCAAUGCAAGGACGCAUAUAGCCGUUGAGGACAAUAACAGCCGUGCCGACUACGCGUUCUUGACCCUUGAGAAUUCGAAUAUAUAUGGAAACGCAAAAGCAUUCCAAGCAAUAUUUGUUGGAAUAUUGGAAGUACAAGGCAAAAGCUGGAGAUACUACAAAUCAGGACUGAACAGGAUAUUACACUCGAGGAACAUUACCUUUCCAAGAGUAAACACGGUUAGUGAAGAACCCGGAAUCAACCAGGAUUGGGGAGAUACAGUCGCUCCGCCCGCUGAGGGGGAGAUGACUCAUGCCGACAGCGCUGCGGAACGACCAAAAGAACCUGCUGGAACAGGGGGAGUGCAUACAGUCAGCAAGGAAGAAAAGAGUGACUCGAACAAACCUGUAGAUAUAAAAAGUGAGCCUAAGAUUGAACAAAAAGCAUCCAACAAACCAACAAAACUCACUCACAAUAACGUACUUAAACCUUAUACUACUCGUUCUCACUCUGCUAUGCGCAUUAACCCUAGCGCGACUACAAAUGCACUACAACAACUCAACACACUUACGUCCGGAACCAACAACGCAGGAGUCCAAACCCGCAGUUGGAAUCCUAAUGUUGCUCCCAUCGAACUCGACAACGUGCAAGGAGGGAUUACCCUCAAGAUCCGGCACCCUCCCAUGUCCGGUCAGUCAGGUUCUCAGCCAAAGAACGAAACUGCUAACCUUUUAAUAGAGUUCUCCAAUGUCCCUAUCACGCCCAGCGACCCCAAUAGCUCCGACAACACUGUACCUAGCGCAUACAACUUCUUCAACAGUCCCUCCACCGUACUACCCACCGAUACCGGCACCCCGGACCUUACCUACUCAAUGGUCACCCCAACAACACCCAAACCAACCAUCGACGAACUUUGCAAACAAUUCAAACAGCUAUACCUCAAUGAACCAUUGAUCCCCGAACAGCCAAACCCCACCUUGGCGUCGUCCGGAGAUAUGGAACCAACGUGGACGUUCAUCAACAAUGAACCGCCGACGCCGACGACCAACAGUCCUACCGUUGCGGAGGCGCUAUCCGGGCCAAACGCAGAGGAAUGGUGGAAGGCAAUGGCCAAGGAGGUCAGCACCCUCGAACAAAUGGGAACGUACGAACUAACAGACUUACCACCCGAACGCAAGGCGAUGGGGAACAAAUGGGUCCUUGUACUCAAGCACGACAAGAACGGCACACCCAUCCAACACAAGGCAAGACUCGUAGCCCAAGGAUUUAGUCAGCAACCCGGCAUUGAUUUUGACAAGACAUUCGCACCCGUUGUACGUCUUGAUUCAAUCCGUACGCUCGUAUCAAUUGCUAACCAGUACAAUUGGGAUAUACAACAGCUCAAUGUAAACUCGGCUUACCUACACGCCGAAGUCGACAAAGAUUUAUACAUGCAGCAAAUCCCUUAUUUUAGCGACGGUACAAACAAAGUGUUAAAAUUAAAGCGAUCAAUUUACGGACUGAAACAAGCAGGACGGAUGUGGAAUAAACUAUACAACACAAAGCUGAAAGCGAUCGGAUACACACCAUGCUUUACCGACGCAUGUGUAUACCACCAAAUCAACAACAUUAACGGUGAGCUGUGUGUGUCAAUCAUAGCUACACAUGUUGACAAUUCAAUUGUCAUAUCAUCGCCAAACCACUCUGAUAUUACAAUAUCCAAACUCUUGCGCGCAUUUGACAUGCGCGACCUCAGACCAAUACAUCACUUCCUUGGAAUAGCAUUCCAACGCGAUCGUAAGAAUGGCAUCAUCACACUCAACCAAGCAGCAUAUAUUAACUCACUAGUUGAUUAUGCAGGCCUUGCAGAAGCUUACCCCGCCGACACUCCUUUUAGCCCAACCGUACAACUCACUCAAUACAAAGGAGUCAAACCAAAGUUCAAUUAUGGUACAUACAUUGGUAAGCUACUGUAUGCCGCCCUAUGCACACGACCAGACAUAGCUUACGCUGUCGCACACCUUGCACAAUUUACUUUGUGCUUUGGUCCGGCGCACGUGACAGCAGUUAAGCGCCUAGUACGCUACCUAAAGGGCACACCAGCUCUUGGGAUAACAUAUUGCCGAUCAAACAAAGACUUUGGCGAAUUAGGCUAUUCUGACGCCGAUUGGGGAAGCAACUUACUAGAUUGUAAGUCUGUUUCCGGUCAUGUGUUUAUGCUUGGAGGAGCUGCUAUAUCUUGGUCAGCUAAGAAGCAAGCAACUGUUGCCUUAUCGACAAUGGAAGCGGAGUAUAUGGCGUUAUCUCACGCAUGUACUCAAGCUAUGUGGCUCCGUCAAUUUUUUGAGGAAUUACAAUACGUUGCUGACACACCAACAUUAAUUGUUUCAGACAACCUUGCUGCGCUCGCUCUGUCCGAAGAAUCGCAAUUCCAUGGACGAUCGAAACACAUCGACAUCCAACACCACUUCAUGCGAGAUCUCAUAGAGAAACGCAAGGUAGCUACACUGUACGUACCAACUAAAGAAAACUUAGCCGACGCUUUUACUAAAGCGUUACCCGCACCACAGUUUAGUUAUCUAAUGCAAGGAAUCAUGGGCAAGCCGAUGAGCGAAGGAUAA